UUGCUUCGUCCGGAUAUGACGAGUUUUACGACCGCAGUCUUUGUCGACAUGAUGGCUCUCAGUGCCAUAAGGAGCUCCGGUCUGUCGACACAUUCGUCGAAUCCGUCAAUUGCUAUCACCGCAGCUUGCCCCGCUAGCAUCUUCGAGAUUAGCUCUGUCAGAUGUCUGGUCCUCAGUCGCUCUGCUUCAUCGGCAUUGACUCGUUCAGCUGCCUUCUUGUGGACCUCGUGUGCGUCGCGAAAGAUUUUCUUCGCAGAAUCGCUAUCUAUCGUCCAGGCUAGCUGUCGAGCUAUGGCACCAAGAAUCUCUCGAGCUUUGGUCCUCUGUCUUUCUGCGCCAUCGCAGUAAAAGUAUGCAACAUGAGGCGCGUGGCUUUCACGCUGACGGUUUUCAAGUAGUUGCUUAAUCACCACAGCCCUGAUAGUUGUCAGUCGAUUCUCGAUGAGGAAAAUUUAACCUACAUAAGCUUGGUCUUGCCAC